UCUACAUACCGUGCCGGUCGUCUUCCAGCCUCAUCAAGCCUUUUUCCAAAAAAAGAAGACAUGGGCAGACAGAAGAUAUAUUUGGACAGACUGUCCCGGUUCUUCCAGAUCCGGAACCUGCUGCUUCGCCAGGCCCUGGCAGAGUGUCUCGGCACUCUCAUCCUUGUGAUGUUCGGUUGUGGUGCUGUGGCCCAGCUGGUGUUGAGUGGCGGUUCCCAUGGCAUGUUCCUCACAGUCAACUUUGCCUUUGGCUUCGCCGCCAUGUUGGGCAUCCUGGUAUGUGGCCAGGUGUCAGGUGGCCAUCUGAACCCCGCAGUGACCUUUGCCAUGUGCCUGCUCGGCAGAGCCCGCUGGAGAACGUUCCCCGUGUACUUCCUCUUUCAGACAAUCGGUGCUUUCUUCGGUGCUGCUAUCAUUUUCGGCAUGUACUACGAUGCCCUGUGGGACCGUCCUGGGAGUUUUAAUGUGACUGGGCCUAAUGCCACAGCUGGCAUUUUCGCCACCUACCCUGGAAAACAUCUCACCCUUGUCAACGGAUUCUUUGACCAGAUCAUCGGCACAGCGGCGCUGAUCGUGUGCAUUCUGGCUAUUGUGGAUCCACACAACAACCCCAUCCCCCAAGGACUGGAGGCCUUCACUGUGGGAUUUGUGGUUCUGGUCAUCGGCUUGUCGAUGGGCUUCAACUCCGGCUAUGCCGUCAAUCCCGCCAGAGACCUCGGACCACGUCUUUUCACCGCCGUCGCCGGGUGGGGCAGCGAAGUUUUCACGGCUAGAAACGGCUGGUUCCUGGUGCCGGUUUUCGCCCCGUUCCUUGGCUCCAUCGUCGGCGUGAUAAUCUACCAGAUGAUGGUCGGCGUCCACAUGGAGGGAGAAGUGCGCGACCAGAAGAGCCUCGAGGAGGAGAGCGUCCAGCUCACCAACGUCGCCGGCAACGACAAAACCAAUGACACAAGCAAAACCAUGCACUGAUUGUGUCGAGGGCAACGCACUCUAACGCACAUUCUGUAAAUACAUGGGUUAUCUUCCAUGUUAGUUGUUUGUGAAUAAGGGCCCCACUCUUGACAUUAUCAUGUAAUUGUAUUAUAUUAUACAGAAGAAGUGUGUGCAGGUCUAAACACAACUUCAGAAACACAGAAUUACAUUAAUUCUUUUAGGAGAUGAACAUUUGGAUCUCAGAGUCUAUAGCACUCCAGUUGAAACAGUAUUGUAUGCUUCAUACCUGAUGUAGUUUUAUAUAUGUUUUUACAUAUAUAUCUCGAGAGAUAUUUAGACAGACGUAUGUUCUGCACAAGCGAUUCAUGUGUCUGUUGUCAGUCCAGAACCUUUCACUUUCACUGUUAACAUUUGAAUUCAGGGUAAUUGUCCAAAAAUGGGGAGAUACAAUGUUUAAAGGUCCUAAAAGUUAACAUUGAAAUAUAUUGUACAUUUUAAGUAUAGCAAGUUAAGUGACGCUACCCAUGUAGACUACGUCAACUCUGUUGUUUAGAGCUGACACAUGUCCCACAGCAUUAUUUGUGUUAUCACGGCGAUCUAAAACACGCCCAAUAAAGUCUUUUGAUAGCAUCUUGGUCCAUGGUGUGUUUGAGGGGAAAUGCUUUGGUACCGAUACAAUAAAGUCCUUUUUUUGGAUGAAUGCG